AUGAGCGACGAUCAAAGUUUUUUUCUAUCAACUUCGAAACCAAUUGAGAUAAUCGAAGGUAAUAUAACAUCAGCGUCAAAUCAAAAUGAAUUAUCAACACUCGACGAGCCGAUAAUAGAAACUGUGAAACGUGACCUAAAAGCUGUUUUGCGAAAAUUUGGUCAUGCACUUAUUCCACGACAAUCGUCGACACUUUUACAACAGUGGGACUUAUGGGGGCCAUUGAUCUUAGUAACAGUAUUAGCCAUUCUUCUUCAAAGUGAUACUACAACAGCAAGUAGCGGCAUGCAAUUUGCUGAAAUUUUUACACUGGUGCUCAUCGGAUCAGUUAUGAUAUCGAUCAAUUCACAACUACUUGGCGGCAAAAUUUCCUUCUUUCAAUCAGUUUGUGUGCUUGGCUAUUGCCUAUUACCAUUAUUGAUAGCUGCAUUUUCGAAUAAUCUUCUUCUAUAUCUUCCAUACAGAUCCAUGUUACAUAUAAUAAGAUUUUUAAUAGUAAUGACUGCAUUUGCCUGGACAAUGUAUGCAAGUAUUCGUUUUCUUGGUCAAACUCAGCAACCAAGUCGUCGUAUGCUUGCACUCUAUCCAAUAUUUCUAUUUUAUUUUCUUGUUUCUUGGCUUAUUAUACUUCGUAAACCUUUCAAAUAA